UGAUCUGGAUAGAAGUUUCCAGUGGCAAGAUGAUGCUAGUCAAGCUGUUACUCUCCUCCUUCCUUCUGCACAUGCUCAGUGAAGCUGCAAACCAGCCUCCACGGUUCCAGAACUAUUUCUUCGACCAAUACCUGCUCAUCUAUGAGAAUACUCCAGUGGGUUCGUCCAUAACUCAGCUCCAGGCGGUGGAUCCUGAUGGUGAUCCGCUCAUCUUUGGUGUGGUGGGUGAGGAGGCCUCUCGCUUCUUUGCUGUAGAACAGAGCAGUGGAGUGGUAUGGCUCAGGCAGCCCCUCGACAGAGAGACCAAGUCUGAGAUGCAGGUGGUGUUUUCUGUCAGCGACUCACAGGGGGUGGUGGUGGACACAGUAAAUGUUCAGAUCGGAGAUGUGAAUGACAACGCCCCGGCCUUCCAUAACCAGCCCUACGCUGUGAGCAUCCCCGAGGACACCCCUGUAGGGACGUCUGUGUUCAUGGUGAAUGCCACUGAUCCUGAUCAGGGGACAGGAGGAAGUGUACUCUUCUCCUUCCAGCCUCCCUCGGCCUUCUUCUCCAUCGACGGAGCGCGAGGCAUCGUCACGGUAACCAAACGUCUGGACUAUGAGACAACGACGGCCUACCAGCUUACUGUCAAUGCCACGGAUCAAGAUAAGGUUAGACCUCUGUCCAGUCUGGCUAACCUGGCCAUAUCUAUUACUGAUGUUCAGGACAUGGAUCCCAUCUUCACCAACCUUCCAUACAGUACCAACAUAGAGGAGGAAGUCCCUCUGGGCUAUGAGGUUCGUAAGAUCAGAGCGAUUGAUCAGGACUUGGGCAGACCUCGUGGCAUUGGAUACACCAUCAUAUCAGGAAACGUCAACAGUGUGUUUGCCCUGGACUACAUCAGUGGCUUGCUGACGGUGAAUGGGCGUCUGGACCGGGAGAACCCACUGUACUCCUCUGGAUUCACGCUUACCGUGAAGGGCACAGAGCUGAAUGAAGAUCGCACUCCCUCUACUGCGUCUGUCUUCACCAACUUCACCAUCCUCCUCAUCGAUAAGAAUGACAACUCACCCAAAUUCAACAGCUCGGAGUACCGAGUGCGCAUCACCGAGCUGGCCCAGGUGGGCUUUGCCCUGCCGCUCUCUAUACAGGUGGAGGAUAAAGACGAGGGACUGAACAGUAUGUUUGAGGUGGUUCUGGUGGGAAAUAACUCGGACCAUUUCACCAUCUCUCCCACGUCAGUUCAGGGUCGUGCUGACAUCCGGGUGCGUGUAGCUGUGCCCCUGGACUUUGAGACCAUCAGAAGCUACAGUUUCUCUCUGUACGCCAACGAGUCUCAGUCGGAGCAUGUCGGCUUCGCACGAGUCUUCAUUGACCUCAUCAAUGAGAACGACAACCGGCCCAUGUUCAGCAGCACCCUCUACAACAUCAGCCUGCUGGAGAGCACGCCAGCCGGCACCACCCUGCUGCAGAUAAAGGCUGUCGAUAAUGACUUUGGCACAUUUGGCGUGGUACGUUACUACUUCAGCGAUGAUCCAGACCAGUUCACAUUGGACACCGAGACGGGCUGGGUGGCACUGCGGGACAGGCUCGACUAUGAGCUAGUGAGGCGGUACACGCUGACGGUGCUGGCCCGUGACGGCGGCGGGGAGGAGACCACGGGCCGCUUGCGCAUUAACGUGGUGGACGUGAAUGACAAUCCCCCAGUCUUCCAGAAGGACUCCUACACGGGCUCCCUGAUGGAGAACCAGCAGACACCCCAGAUGGUGGCACGCGUGCGGGCGACAGACGAGGACUCCCCCCCUAAUAACCUCCUCGCCUACUCCAUCACAUACGCCUCCCAGUUCCUGAGCUAUUUCAGCAUCAGCAUGGUGGAGGGAUACGCUGUGAUCACGGUGACCAGACCUCUAGACUACGAACAGGUUCCUGGUGGGAUGGUAUAUCUGACCCUGAUGGCCAAAGACGGGGGGAAUCCUCCGCUCAACAGCACUGUGCCCAUCACUAUAGAGCUGCUUGAUGAGAAUGACAACCCUCCUGAGUUCAGUCAGUCCUCAUACAUCGUCAGGAUCUCGGAGAACAUGGUUGCAGGGGCCACGGUGUUGUUUGUGACCGCUACAGAUCGAGAUGCAUCAAGGGAGUUUGGUCAGGCUUCUCUAAUCUACUCACUGCAGGGGCCUAGUGAGUUCAGGCUGAACACACGCUCAGGGGAGGUGACCACUACAGCUCUGCUGGAUCGAGAGGUGAAGUCUGAAUACAUUCUAAUUGUUCGAGCUGUAGAUGGAGGAGUAGGACCUCUUCAAAAAACAGGCAUCGCCACAGUGAACAUCACCAUCCUCGACAUCAAUGAUAACGCCCCUGUCUGGCGGGAUGAGCCCUAUCUCGCAAACGUUGUGGAGAUGAGUCCCAUCAACACUGACGUCAUCUCUGUGCUGGCGGUAGAUCCAGAUAAUGGCGAGAACGGGACAGUUGUGUACUCCAUAUUUCCUGCCAACCCCUUCUACAUCAUCAACAACAGGACAGGAAAGAUCCGCACCAGUGGCGCAGUGCUGGACAGAGAGAGCCUGGACCCACGGGCCUCCCAGCUCAUGCGCACCAUCGUCAUCUCCGCCACGGACCGUGGCAACCCGCCACUGCUCUCCUCGGCCAGUGCCACAGUCCAGGUCAAUCUGUUGGACCUCAACGACAACGACCCGGCCUUCCUCAACCUCCCCUUCACCGCUGAGGUCCCCGAGGGCCUUUCCGUUGGCUCGUCUGUCUUCAGGGUGCAGGUGCAGGACCAGGACGAGGCGGAGAAUGGUGCCGUGACCCUGUCGCUGCAGGCAACCACACCGCGGGCUGACUUCCGCCUGAACGCCAGCUCGGGCGUCCUGGUGUCGGUAGCCACGUUGGACCGCGAGCAGAUCGGCCAGUACCUCCUACGUGUGGUGGCCUUCGACGCUGGCCAGUAUCCACGGACCUCUACCAACACGCUCACCAUCACCAUAUUGGAUGUGAAUGAUGAGACUCCCAGCUUUUUCCCACGGAUGCACAACAUGUCUGUGCUGGAAAGUGUCCCGCGUGAUUACAUCGUAGUCAGGCUCAACUGCUCCGAUAACGAUGCUGGGCUCAAUGCCGAGCUCAGCUACUUCAUCACAGGUGGAAAUCAGGAUGGCAAGUUCAGUGUGGGGUUCAGAAACGGUGUUGUGCGCACCGUGGUGGAUCUGGAUCGCGAAACACAAGCUUCAUACACUCUUGUCAUUGAGGCUAUUGACAACGGCCCUGCAGGAGACCGAAAGACAGGCACAGCUACGGUUUAUGUGGAAGUUCUGGACGUCAAUGACAACAGACCCAUCUUCCUUCAAAACAGCUAUGAGACCACCGUCCUUGAGAGUAUACCACGAGGAACCAGUAUACUUCAGGUCCAGGCCACAGACGCAGACCAGGGGGACAACGGCAGGGUGCUGUACCGCGUUCUCUCAGGUAACAGUGGAGGUCAGUUCAGUAUUGACCUCCUGUCAGGUGUGAUCACUCGUGGUCAGCGAGCGCUGGACAGAGAGAUGAGCAACUCCCACCUGUUGGAGGUGGAGGCCUACAACACCGACCAGGGCAGCAUGCGCAACUCCGUCAGGGUGAUUGUGUAUGUAGAGGAUGUGAAUGAUGAACGUCCAGUCUUUACUCAGCAACAGUAUAACCGUCUGGGUCUGAGGGAGACGGCUGGCGUCGGCACGUCUGUGAUCGUAGUGAGAGCGACUGACCCAGACACAGGAGAUGGAGGCGCGGUCUCCUACGCCAUUGUUGCUGGCGCGGACCGUAAGUUUGAGGUGGACGUGAGCACAGGACUGGUGACCACCGUGGACUACCUGGACUAUGAGACCAAGACCAGCUACCAGAUGAACGUGUCUGCCACGGACCAGGCGCCACCCUUCAACCGUGCCUUUUGCACUGUCUACGUCACACUGCUCAACGAGCUCGACGAAGCCGUGGCCUUCGCCAUGGCCAGCUACGAGGCAUCGCUGCAGGAGAACGUUGCCACGGGGACGGAGGUUAUCCAAGUGCGUGCCCAGUCGGCAGACAAUCUGAACCAGCUGGCAUACCGGUUUGACCCGGACACGUCACCCGCUGCGCUCGCCCUCUUCAAGAUCGACAGCGUCACGGGUCGAAUCACUGUGACUGGUCUGAUAGACAGGGAGAAAGGUGAUACUUACACACUCACUGUGGUAGCUGAUGAUGGCGGACCCAAGAGAGGCUCUACUGUGAAGGUGUCAAUCACCAUUUUAGACGAGAAUGACAACAGCCCUGAGUUUGACCUCACAUCUGAUCUGUCAGUGAAUGUUCCAGAGGACACGCCCAUCGGGCAGAGAGUGGGCGUGGUGUUGGCACAUGACAAGGACGCUGGCAGGAAUGGACUGGUGAACUUCACACUGGUGGCAGGAAACAUGCAGGAUGUGUUUGACAUCCGAACUAUCAACAACACCUACGGAGACGUUUACGUAAAUGCUCCACUCGACCGUGAAUCAGUGGACCGCUACCUGCUCAAGGUACGGGCCACAGAUAACGGUUCUCCACCCCGCUCCACUGAUCGCUCUCUGACCGUCAACAUCGUGGAUGUGAAUGACAAUGCACCGGUCAUCCAGAGUCCACGUGGCUACAACAUUAGCAUCAGUGAGAAUGUUGGUGGUGGUACACUUGUCCUGCGUGUGGUCGCUACAGAUCGAGACAUCGGGCCCAACGGUCUACUGUCCUACUACAUCACCGACGGCAACCAGGACCUGACGUUUCGAAUGGACCGUGUGAGCGGAGAGAUAGUGACACGCCCCUCCCCUCCUGACCGGGAACGACAGCAGCAGUACACCCUCACCGUUACCGUGGAGGACGAGGGAACACGCCCACUCUCGGCCUCCACCACAGUGUGGGUUCAUAUCAUAGAUGAGAAUGAUAACGCCCCAAGAUUCAGCGCCAAGGAGUACAUCACGGUUCUCACCGAGGGCCCUGAUACACUGGGGGCCACCAUCGCCACGGUAACAGCUACUGACCCCGAUGAGGGACCCAAUGGAACUCUGUCAUACGCCAUCACCCUUGGCAACCUGGCACAAACAUUCAGCAUUAACCCCAAUACGGGCCGGAUAGUGGUGGUGAGAGAGUUGGAUUAUGAGCUGAGCGGUGGGCGGUACACUCUGGUCCUCACUGCUACUGACCAGUGCCCGAUGCUACACCUCAGACUCACCUCUAGCGCCACUGUGCUGGUGAAUGUGAUAGACGUGAACGACGUGACCCCACAGUUUCCCAGGCCCUUUGAGGGGCCGUUUGAGGUCACAGAGGGCCAGCCGGGGCCACGCGUAUGCACAGUCAGAGCCACAGACGAUGACUCAGGCCUCAACGGCAAAGUGGAGUACAGCAUCACAGCAGGAGAUCCCAACAACGAGUUUAUAGUGUCUCCUGUGGAGGGAGACGUGAGAGUGAGGAGAGAUGUGGAACUGGAUCGAGAGACUACAGCCUACUACAACAUCACUGUGACCGCGAAGGACCUGGGGACACCACCACGUAGUAGCACGGUGGUAGUGGGUGUGGUGGUGUUGGACAUCAAUGAUAAUGACCCCGUGCUGCUGAACCUUCCCCUUAACGCCAGCGUGAGCGAGGACGCUGCUGUCAACACUUUUGUCGGACGCGUGUCCGCCCGCGACGCCGACACCGGCCGCAACGCCCUGCUCACUUACAACAUCACAGCCGGCAACCUGGAUGGAGUCUUCUACAUCAACGAAACUUCUGGAGUGGUUCAGGUGAACAGGCCUCUGGACCGAGAGAGAACAUCAGAGUACACGCUAACAGUCACAGUGAAGGAUAAUCCCGAGAAUCCUCGCAUUGCCCGCAGGGACUCAGACCUGCUGGUGGUCUCCAUUCAGGACGUGAACGACAACAGACCCAUCUUUACCUCCCCCAGCUACAGAGGGGAAAUCAGUGAGAACUCUCUCCCAGGCACCACGGUGCUGGUUCUGAACGGGCCGGUGCUGGCCGUGGACAGGGACGUGGGGCCAAACGCGGUGGUGAGGUACAGCCUGCUGGGCCCCAGAGUGGAUCUCUUCACCAUUAACGCCAGCACAGCUGAGGUCUCCGUGCGCCAGGGUGCGGUGUUGGACAGGGAGAACUUCACGGACCCACGGCUGGAUCUGACGGUGCUGGCACAGGACGUGGGGCGGCUCAACAGCAGUGUUCCCCUCACCAUCGCCAUCCUGGACAAGAACGACAACCCCCCUGUGUUCAGGCCAUCCAGCUUCAGUGUUCGCCUUCCAGAAAACAGCCCCACAGGUGUGGUAGUGACUCAGCUCUCAGCUACGGAUGCAGACGACGGCUCCAAUGGUUGGCUGCAGUACCGGCUGGAGGGCGGAGCCCAGGACCGCUUCGUGGUUGACGCCCUUUCAGGGGCCGUCGUCGUGGGCAACGCCACCCUGGAUCGUGAGGAGCGUUCCUCCUACCGGCUGGUUGUCGUGGCAACGGACAGGGGCACGCCCCCUCUUUCAGGCACGGCAUCCCUGACGGUCGUCCUGGACGACGUAAAUGACUCACGGCCGCGAUUCCUGCAGCCCGUGCAGGCCAUCAGUGUGAACGAGUCCACCCCGCCUGGUGUGGUGGUCGCUACGCUCGCUGCCGAGGACCCAGACCUCCAGCCCCGCCUCGAGUAUUACAUCAUCUCAGUGGAAGCAAAGGAUGAUGGGAACAAGCCAGUGAGUGGACUGCAGGAAUCGUUUGGCAUCGACUUCCACACAGGUGCUGUAUUUGUGCGAUACCCCUUGAACAGAGAACUUGUUGCUACGUUUGAGAUCAUAGCGUCAGUGCACGAUAAUGCCAGUGACAUCAUCGACAUGUCAGUUAGUGUCCCAAAUGCCAGACUGACCAUCAACAUUUUGGACGUAAACGACAACGCUCCCCGGUUCCGCCCGUUCGGGGUGACAAACUUCUCGGAGAGCGUCUUGGAGGGGGCCCAGGUGGGCACCACACUCCUGUCUGUCUCUGCCGUGGACCCGGACAAGGGGCCCAAUGGCCAGAUCUACUACGAGCUUCUCAAUCUGCCCAGAGGAGGCUACCUCAGACUGGAGGACCCGUCCACGGGAAAGAUCUUAGCCAAUCAGACGGUGGAUUACGAGCAGGUGCAGUGGUUAAACUUCACCAUACGUGUGCAGGACCAGGGCAGUCCACCCCGCUCCUCUGAGCUCCCCGUGUACCUGCGCAUCGUCGACGUCAACGACAACAACCCUAUCUUCACUCAGCGUUCGUACCAGAGGCCAGUGUUGGAAGAUGUAGCUUUGGGCACUAUCAUAUUGCGUGUUAGUGCAACAGACGCAGACUCAGGACUGUUCUCCAUUAUUGAGUAUGCACUGGUGGAUGGAGAGGGCAAGUUUGGAAUCACCCCCUCUACGGGUGACAUCUACAUCCUCUCUCCCCUGGACAGAGAGACCAAAGACCACUACACGCUCACAGCCGUCGCCAGGGACAACCCUGGGGGUAGCCCGAGCAACCGGCGAGAGAACUCUGUGCAGGUGCUGGUGACAGUCCUGGAUGUGAAUGAUUUUCGACCGCGCUUUUCCGAGCGUGUCUUCAGCACCAAUGUGUUUGAAAACGAACCGAGUGGAACGACUGUGAUCACGCUGACGGCCAUCGACCUGGACGAGGGAGAGAACGCCCUCAUCACCUACAACCUGCAAGGACCUGGAGCAGAUGCCUUCUCUCUGGAUCCGGACACAGGUGUGAUCCGCUCUCAGCGGUUGCUCCACAGCUUCGAGAGGUUCAACCUGACUGUCAUAGCAACGGACCACGGCAGACCUCCCCUCUGGGGCACUGCCGGCCUCCACAUCACCGUCGUUGACGUCAACGACAACCGACCCGUUUUCAUCAGACCAGCCAAUGGAACCAUCAUGCACAUCCUGGAGGAGCAGCCUCCCGGCCUGCUGGUGUACGAGGUGUUUGCCACAGACGUGGACGAGGGCGUGAACGGUGAGGUGCGCUACGGCUUCCUGCAGACAGGAGCUGGCUCGCGGGACUGGGAUAGCUUCCGCAUAGACCCGCUAACAGGGGUCAUCACUACCACCGUCAAACUGGACCGCGAGAAACAGGCCCUGUACAGCCUGAUUGUUGUGGCGUAUGAUCUAGGUCAGCCUGUCCCAUACGAGACCACGCAGCCUCUGCAGGUCGCUCUGUCUGACAUCGAUGACAACGAGCCGGUCUUUCUCAAGCCUCCGAAAGGAGGUGUGCCAUUCCAGUCUAUGUCCGUUCCGGAGCAGUCUCCGGCCGGGACAGUGGUGGGGAACGUUACAGGGGCAGUGGAUGCCGAUGAAGGUUCCAAUGCUGUUGUCUACUACUUCAUCGCAGGGGGAGACGCUGAGAAGAACUUCAACCUAAGUGUGGCUGGAGUUCUCUCUGUGAAUAAAGAGCUGGACCGUGAGCAGGUGCCCGUGUAUUCCAUCAUCAUCAAAGCCUCCAGCAACCGUAACUGGACCCUCAUAAGAAGUCAGAGGUCGCAGAGAAGUCGUGUACUCGACCUCAGCCGUGACCCCACGCUACAGGAGGUCAGGAUAUUCCUGGAGGAUAUCAAUGACCAGUCGCCGAGGUUCACCAAGACAGAAUACACUGCAGGCGUAGCGGCAGAUGCAAAAGUAGGCUCAGAGUUAAUCCAGGUGCAGGCCAUCGACAACGACGUUGGCAACAACAGCCUCGUCCUGUAUCACAUCCUGUCCAUCCGGUACAUCAAAUUGCAGUCGAACGACUCCGAGGACGUCAACAACGUCUUCACGAUUGGCGAGACAGACGGCAUCAUCCGCACGCACGAGCUCUUCAUGGCAUACCGCCCUGGCUACUUUCUGGUGGAGGUGUUGGCUCGUGACCUGGUGGGUCACAGCGACGUGGCCCAGGUGGGCCUCUACAUCCUCCGUGAGGACCAGAGAGUGAAGAUCAUCAUUAACGAGAUUCCUGACCGAGUGUGGCUCUUCCAGGAGUCCUUCAUCCACCUGCUAUCAAACAUCACCGGCGCCAUAGUCAACAUGGAUGACGUACAGUACCACGUAGAUAAAAAGGGGUGGGUGAACUUUUCCCAAACCGACGUCCUGAUCCACGUGGUGGGCCGUGACAGCAACCGCAUCCUGGACGUGGAGAGGGUGAUCCGGCUAAUCGACGAGAACCGGGAACAGCUGAGGACCCUGUUCCGCAACUACAACAUUGUGGACGUGCAACCUGCCGUGAGCGCACGUGCGCCCGAGGACCUCACCACCAUGCAGAUGGCUAUAAUCAUUCUAGCUGUGUUGCUGUUUUUGGCAGCCAUGCUAUUUAUCUUUAUGAACUGGUAUUACCGAACAGUGCACAAGAGGAAGCUGAAGGCCAUCGUUGCUGGCUCUACAGGCAACCAGGGACUCAUGGACAUUCUGGAUAUGCCUAACACCAACAAGUACUCAUUUGAAGGAGCCAAUCCUGUUUGGCUGGAUCCGUUCUGUAGAAACCUGGAGCUGGCCGCCCAGGCAGAGCAUGAAGACGACCUCCCUGAGAACCUGAACGACAUCCCAGACCUGUGGAACAGCCCAGCCCGCACCCACGGUACGUUUGGCAGAGAGCCACAGGCUUCGAGACCAGAAGAUGACCGCUACCUCCGCGCUGCCAUCCAGGAGUACGACAACAUCGCCAAGCUGGGUCAGAUCAUGAGGGAGGGGCCCAUUAAGGGCUCACUGCUCACCGUGGUAUUGGAUGAUUACAUGAGGCUCAAAAAGCUCUUCGCCGCCCGUCUGGUUACCAAGUCGACAGGCACUGACCACUCGUCAAUCGUAGAGCUGGUGCAGAGCGACCUGGACGAAGACGAAGACGAGCAGGUGGGCGUGGCCGGAGGGAGGGUUGGGACCCUGCGCUUCAGGCACAAGCAGCCCCUGGAGCUGCGAGGCCCCGGGGGCGUGCACGUGACUCACGGCAGCACGGGCACGCUCCUGACAGCUGACCUCAACAGCCUGCCCGAGGACGACCAGCGGGCGCUGGCCCGCUCUCUGGAGGCGCUGCACGCCGAGCGCGAUGGCCGCACCGAGUCGGCCAAGUCCACCCCGCAGCACCUCCACAAGGGCAGCGAUGCCAUCUCAGGCAGCCCGCUGGAGGUCACGGAGUUAUGACUAGCCGAGGCCUCGCUGGUCUGAGGGGGGGCACCGACAAGUCGCUCCCGGACUCGCACUACGCCGACGCCGCCUCGUUCUCACUUCCUGCUGUGAGGGUGGGGCGGGAGGAAGGUGGUGGGUGGAGCAUAUGGGCUGCAAAAUCAGAAACCUGUGGGUGUGGUGAACCAUGGGGGAGGCGGAGCCUGUAUGGAAUCGGUAAUCUGAACAAUGGAUGGUCAGAAAUAUAGGGGAGGGGUCAAUACAUGUACGGAUCCAAGCUACAUAUUUGCAUCCCUUCCUGGAUUUUGCUUGAUUGUAGAACUGUGAUAAGACAGCGAUAGAAAAAUCAAAACAGGUGCUUUGCCCCCUCGUCUCACACACACACACACACACACAAACACACACACAAACACACACCUGCGCACUCACGCAAGCCCUCUCAGACCAGCGACAGGCCGAAACACAAACUCUAGGAUUUAUUUUGUACUAAACUGGGUGCCGUGGAUUACUGACCUCAACUGUGUUUGCUGGAACAUACGUAUAUACAUAAGAAAAGGAAGCAGAAUGUGUACUGCAAAUCCGUGAUUUCCUCUGUAAAUCUGUGAUUUUCUUUGUAGAACUCCUGGACUCGCGGAGCACAAAUGACUCUUCUCUUUGUCACUAACUGACCUGACUCGACCUGACUCGUCCUGACUAAGGAAUCAUAGCCUCUGCUACAAAAGUUAAGAUCAGAGUAAGACAUUUUAAAAAAAGAGAGAGAAAAAAAAAAAUUAAAACUAAGAGAAAAAAAGCCCUGAUUGAUGACUGGUGAGAAAGUCUGCUUGGCCUGAGCAAACAGUUUUACUGUUGCAGUCUUAAACCCAGCUGACCUGACACAAGCCAGAGAUGAAUCUUAACAGUGCAAACAUCCUGUCACUUUGGCUGGAAACCGUGAAGGACCUCGGGACGUACGCUUGCAGAGGAAAGACAGCGGGAAAUAAAUGAGGGAAUUUGGGUUUGUUUAACAAAAAAUAAAAGAGCCUAAAUCAUCCCCCCGACCCAUCGUUGUUGUAACACUGCCACCUACGAGAAAAAAAAAAAAAAAGAUUUAACUUUUUUUUAAUUUUUUUUUAAUGUUUUUUAUAUGAAAAAAAAUAUAUAUAAAGGAGGAAAACAAAUCUGACUGACCAAAAUGAGUGAAAAUGGUUGUUAAGACAAAUGGUUGUUAAGGAAAAUGGUUGUUAUAGAUAAAUGGCUGUUGUAGCUGAUCAAACCUUAUUUUGUAUAUGAAAUUUUAAGUUAUUUUAGCUGUUGAGUUGUGUGUCUCGAGUGUGUCUGGCCUAUUUUUUUUUUUAAUCUCCCUCUUUUUUGGUAAGAUGUUAUUUUUGUCAUUUCUGUGUCGUGUCACCAGCUCUGGGUUCACAGGACGGAAACCUUGUCCGAUGGUGAUAAUAAAAUAU